GGGAAUAUUUGACGCAGUUGACGGUCGACGUCCACCGAGUGCGGAUUGUUCGGGUGACCUUUCGUUCCGUAGCCUUGAAAGGGCUCAAGGUGAAGAGACAAGGAACUAACCGAGCGUAUCACGUCGGAGGGUCGGACAUCGAUAAUCCUGAUAGCAACGACGAUAACGAUAACGACAGCGACUGAGAAGACGGAACGGAAAUUUUCAUCCCCCUCCGAGAUCGAGUGAGCCGAGAUGAAGUGAAAUUCUUGAAGCAAGGAGCUCAGCGAGGGGGAGGCUGCAAAGCAUGACGAAACAAACCGGAGCUUUUCUUCGAAUCUUCGUCGCUCUCCUCGGUCUGGCAGCCGUAAACAGCGCGGGCGAUACCGGUCAGGGCGACGGAAUUUCGGAUCUUCGUCGCGCGGCCCUUCCCCAUUCGAAUAUCACCGGCUCGAUCGUCGAGGAAUUGUCGAAGACCGGGGCGAAGACCGGCGGCGAAAAUUUCGAAAAGUUCGGCAGUCCGUCCGCGGAGGAGCCCGCCGAGGAGGAUGAGGUCGAGGAAACGGGCGGACCCGGAGAGGAGGAAUACGAGGGCGAGGGCAAGGAGGACGCGGAGACGGAGAUGGACGAGUACGUUGACGAACUGAGGGCAGCCGCGGAAUCGCACGAGGCGAUGUCGCGGCACGACGAACAAGAGGUGAAUCGGAGCAACCCUUCCGGGAGUGCGGAGCGGAAGCUGCUGCUGCGGGACGCGGCGAAGAAGGACUUCGACUCGAGGGAGAAGAGCGUCGAGAGCGGGUCGGACGAGAGCGAGUCCUCCAACGAGACGGCCCUCGGGGGCGUCGAGGCGAAGGAUGAGGAGGUGAGCGAGCUUCUCAAGUACAAAGAGAAGAGUCGCUUCGGAGUCGGGGGUGGCGGGAGCGUGGACGCCGCGAAGGAGAAACGUGUGCCUACCGUGAAGAAGGAGCUCAGUACGCAGAAAGAGAUCAAGCAGGUGAACGUUUCCAGGGUGGAGAAGAGGUUCAGCACCAAGGAAAUGCUCGACGAGCUCAACAAACAGUUCGUGGGAAACACGGGGAACACGGAGAAACCCUGCGGCGGCGGCGGCGACGCGGAAGCGGGAGCGGGAGCGACACCCGCCGCGGUUCAACAACUUGCCGAGGAUCUCGAGGAGCCGCGCGUAGCGGAACUCGACGAUUACGCGGAGCUGACUUCCACCGGCGACGCGGUCUUCGCGAAUCCGAAUAUUCUGAAUCCCGAUUCUCCGGAGCUCACCGCCGAGCCGAGAAAACUGCAGAAGAGGCAGGAGGCCGUUCUCCGUGACUUGGAGGCCUAUUUACGAGCGGAGUACGCCGCUGAACAAGUGCAGCAGCAGAAGCUUCAGGACCUCGGGGCUCACGAAGGCGCCCUUGCGGAAAGUUUGCUAGAACUGCUCGUGAAGCUUGCGGAAGACCCUCGUCGCUGGGAGCGGGUUCAUCGACUUCUGAUGGACGUAGAAGGUGGUCUGGAGCUGUCACGGCAGGCUCUCGAAGCUAGGAAAAGAACAUUUGAUGUGACCUCGGCCGUUACGACGACAACCACAACCUCCCCCAUAUCCACAACCCCGACAAAGCCCAGGAAAAAGCCGAAAAAGAAGAAGAAAAAGCGGAGACAGCAUAGGUUUUCAACCAGUACCACCACCUUGGCAACGACCGCGCCGUUGAUGACAACCACCGAAACUCCUUGGCUCACGACUCCGGUGCAGUGGCGACUCGUUGCUGAAAGGCUCUUCGGACCACCCUGGUCACAAAGCGUGCAGGAAGACGAGUCCUCGAUAGCGAAAGUACGCUUCACCGUCCCUUCGAGUCCCCUGUCAUCGUCUUCCGGUCGCGAGUUCGUCCAACAGCUCGGCAAGGGUAAGCAGCUCGACGAGCGCAAAGGAUCGGACGAGGAACGCCCGGCUCUGACACUCGAAUCCUCCGGGGAAUACGCGCAGCCUCGUCACCUGCACUUCGGGAAGGUGAACACUCACCAGGGGGGAGGUUCCCACCGUCAAGAGUCCUCCUCCGGUUAUCCGGCGAAAAAUCGAGGAUCCCUUCGGAUGCGGGAGUUCGAUGACCCCAAAGACAUGACGAUUGACUUCUCCGGAUACCCCCAGCAGUUCGCGCCCGAUUCGAACUCCAGGGAUUAUAAUAUGAGGGGGCGAUUGGCGGGGGACGGGUAUUUACCGAAGGUACCGAAUUACGCGCAAAACCGAGAGUACAGACCCCCAGGGCGCGAAUACGCGGCCAGUAAAAGUUGGCACGACACUCGAUACAAAUACGGAAGACCCAACUGGAAGUCGGAAGAGCGGGACGAUCCCCCGAGCGCGAAAUGGUCGUGGGCAGAGUCUCAGAGUGAUCGGCGGAUAUGGCCACAGUUGGAGGAGCGCAAGACCAGCUGGGACAGGCAGAGGGAUUACUGGCCCAGAGUUCAGGAGAACGACAGCGGAAAAGGCUGGUCUUCGCAGGGGGAGCACUCGGGUGGUUUCGACGCGUGGACGAGAAUCGGAGGGACCAGCUCCUGGGCGAAGGCACCCUGGAGUGGACAGGGAGGCGUGAAAAGCUACGAAAGAUCCGAGGGGGUGGCCAGGUCACCUUGGGAAGAGGGACGGGGCAGGGAAAGCGGCACGGAUUUGGGACGUGCACCGCUCAAGCAGAAGCAGAAAGAGCUGGGGACCGGAAUCUCGCCCAAGAUUACGAUGAAGACUUGGAACAGUCUCACCUCGGACCCGGCCACCUGGCCGUUCAAAUUAACGGACACGAAACCGUGGCCCAAAGACGCCAACGGAAAAUCUUACAACCCUAACGCUGCACUGGUGAGGAAGUUGGGCCUGGACAACGAGGAGAGCGACGCCUUCGAUACGAACUUGAUCAAGGAAGUCAAGGGCUCCGCCAAAGGGACGAAGAGCGGUAAAUACAAAGCGGACAAGAGUUCGGCAAACAUCAAAUCUGAAGGAAACAAAAUCGGGGGAGGCGGUAAGCCCGCUUGGGCAAAACAGGCCAAGAAUUACAAGAGCGCGGAUUCGGGAAAUCGGAAAAGCUCCUGGACCAACGACAUGGAUACCGAUCCUAAAAUCUGGCCGCCAAAGACCGCGAUGUCCCCGAAAAUCCAGUCCGUCGGUGCCUGGGUCAUGCCGGCUGACCAGUCCACCUGGAAACCGUACAAAUUGAAAACCGUGGAGUCCUACGGGGCGAAUCGAGGGAGCGGGGACACCGUUCGGCACAGGUGGAACGUCCAGAUAGAUACGAACCCUAGGACUUGGCCACCCAAGAUCACCAACGAGUGGAACAAAUUUGGCAAGCCUUCGAACACCGUCACUUGGCCAAAGUGGAAGCAGUUCGCCUAUCACAGGGUUACCGCUAUGCCCAUACUCAACCAAGGCGCCGCUCUUGAGGGAAACAGGGGGAGAAACAACGCGUACAUAGCCGUCUCGGCUGUUUCCUCCAAAUACAAUGGAAACCAAUGGCGAAAGAAUGACAUAGAGGAAAUCCCGGUCAGGAUACAGGCACCUGAACAUUCCACAAGCAAUUUGCGUGCCGGUAUCGAGCCGGCUAUUUAUACCUGGAAAAAAGACGGACACGCGAUUGACCGUGAGAUGCAAAGUGUAAAGCUACGGAAUGUCACAGACCCCCUCGAGGAACAAUUGGAGACGUUGAGGAAGGAAGCGACGUGGUCGCAUAACGAGAAUCGCGACAAUAUCAAGAAGCAGUUACACGUGAUCAGCGAUGCCUCGGAGACAUUAGCCUCCCGAUUCUCAUCUAGCGCCACGUUUAAUUCGUCCAGUCAGCCUGCGGAUACGAUUGCGGCGAGUACGAAGGAGGCAUCUGGACCUGCAAAAAGUCUUCAAUGGAGCACAGAUCGUGUCGACGGAAAGGAAGGAACCCACGAAUUGAGAGCCGCAAUCGGACGUUCUCUUCCUGCGAUCAACGAGCCACCGUCGCAGUAAAAUUCUUCGUUUUCAGGCUUCGAUGUCCACCUCUGUCGAGCAAAGCACCUCGAUUCAUUUCAUCGUUGCAAUUUAUCGCGUGAUCGCACGGCCAACAAUCGCAGCAACCAGCUUCAAAGUAACUCAUCAUCGAUGUGCAAUAGGAUCCUGAGAUGAAAUCCAAAUUUCACCUAUUUCGUGACACAAAUAUUCCGAGUGGAUAAAAUCGUUGCAAUCAUGGUAUACAGACGCGGGAACUCAUUUGAUCAAUAGUUACUUUGUUAAUGUUAUUGCGAUUAAAAUUGGGAUAUUUUGAAUUGCUCCGAAAUUACUUUCAGCAAUAAUUCGAAAUGUUGGAUCUUCAAUCCAUUGUUACGUCAAAACUAGGCUAAUACAUGACAGAUCCCCUUGCAGGUAUUUGUUAUCGAACUCGAACUUUGCAAUAAAUCAUUCACUGGGACCCCAUAGGAUAUAGAAUGAAGAAUAACAAAAAGGGCGAAUUAAUUUGAAGGAAAAUGGUACGUCAAAUGCACAAAAUCCUCGCACAUCCGUACGGAAUUUAGAAGAAAUUCGUCAAACACGAGUUAUUUCACAGGACCGACGAAAUUAUCAAUCAUAAUGUCCAGCUCUACCAUGUCUAUAUACCGUUCUGUGAGCUGUGCCACGUACAAUUAAAUCAUAUCAUGUGAUAAAAUUCUUUUUGUCAAGUCCGUCGCUGGGAUAAUAAUGUUAUACGCUCGCGAUUCAAGGGAAUCAACCCCAUUUACCGGCAAUCACUCCAAUUGUCGAACGGAAACCUACUGUGAACA